AUGGACGAUACCGGUUCGUCCAGCCACCGCCGCAAUGGCAGCGCCGGUGGUAGCGAUGGGUACGCGUACAAGAACGAGAUCUCGCUGUCGAUCGGUGACGGCGACGGCGGAGACGAUCAUGGCUCACGCACGAACAGCACGGCCGUGCCGACACCGUCGCCCCGUCACGUCGAGCUACCGAUCGGGACACGGGCCGAGGGUGGGGACACGAGCGAGUACACGGCCCUCCGCCACGAACCGGCGGCAAUGGGCAACGGGAGCAAGUCGAACGGCGGGCUGGAUAACCCUGCGUUCGAGCCGGAACAGCUGAAGGAAAAGCGACCGCUCAGCUCGUUCGGCCAUACCAACGAAAAGUCCCUCGGAGUGGUCUCGGUCAAUGGGAAGGCGGUGGGCGAGAAACCGGUAGCGGAAGCGGUCAACCUGGAGCUGCUCAACAUGUCCUCCGGCAAGCCGGCGGCCGCGAACGGACACAACAAGAACGGUGGCACGAACGGGGCGGCCGCCCUGCCGGUCAAGAAGGACACCGAGGUGGAUCUGGGCGAUCCGUACGACGAGUACUUCGUGCCGGUGAACGAGCACCGGAAGUUUAUGAGUGUCUCCUUCCAAAAGUCACGCCACGGGCGCACGGUAUACGGGCGCCAUGGUCGCGGCGUCGACUACACGGGACACUCGGUGAGUGAGCCCGCCGCCGGAACGAUGGACUAUAAACAGUGGACCACAAUCACGAGAGGAGAGAAACUGUACGUAACGAAGGAUAAGCGCGAGAAGAAGCGAAAAAGCUGGCCGUUCUGGUUGCUCGGGCUGGCGAUACUGUUGGCCGUGAUCGUGGUAGCCAUACUGGCCGGUUCCGGCGUCAUCUUUAACGAUUGUCCCACGCCGGUCGAAUCGCGUCAGUUCGGUGAUAAGGUGGCCACUGCCGGGGUGUUCGGGUUGGGCAAAUCACAGCCCGGCAACGGCAGCUCGGCCGGCUCCUCGCCCACGACCAGCAGCACCACCGAUUCUCCGACGACACCACCCGCUCCGCCACCGAUCACCACCACCACCGAGGAAGUGACCGUUUACGUGCCGAACACGCUCGAGGGCCAGAUUACGCUCACGAACGUGGAGUUCCUGGACGAUUACCGCAACCCGAACAGCUCGGCCUACAAGACGCUGGCCGCCGAGCUGGAGGAAGAAAUCAUCGACACGCUCAGCACGCCAGAUGCGCGGGGUCCAAUCUACGUUAGAAUCUUGAACAUGAAGCCCGGUUCAGUGGUUGUGGACUACCGCGUCAGCUGGGAACCGAACGCGAUGGAAAUGUCCGAGGACACGAUGAAACACCGGUUGAGCAACUAUCUGCUGCAGAACGGCAACUAUUUGUCGACGUACAUUGUGCCAACGAACACAAUCCGCGUGGCUCGGCUGCCCGACCUGUGCGUCAUGAAGCACUCGGCUAAGGACUGCGAAUAUGGUUGCACUUUCGAUGCCAAGGUCGGUGACUUCAUGUGCACUUGUCCUAGGGGAAUGUUGCUAAACGAUGAAGAUGGACGCACAUGCUACAGCCCAGUUCCGGCGAUCAACGUGGAUGAGCACAGCAAGGAACCAAAGAGCGAGCCAGAGCCCGCUAGUGAGCCAGAGCCUGCUAGUGAGCCAGAGCCCGCUAGUGAACCGGAACCCGCUAGUGAACCGGAGCCCGCUAGUGAGCCAGAGCCCGCUAGUGAACCGGAACCCGCUAGUGAACCGGAACCCGCUAGUGAGCCAGAGCCCGCUAGUGAACCGGAGCCCGCUAGUGAGCCUAAAGCUACUAGCGAACAUGAACCAUCAAGUGAACCUGAACCCACGAGUGAGCCGGCACCUUCUAGCGAGCCAGAACCUAAGCAUGAACCAGAGCCGUCGAGCGAACCGGAACCAGCGAGUGAACCGGAACCUACGAGCGAGCCGGAACCAGCAAGCGAACCGGAACCUUCCAGUGAACCUGAGCCUGCUAGUGAGCCAGAACCUACUAGCGAGCCUGAGCCAGCGGUAGAACCGGAGCCCACGGCUUCAGAAACCUCUACGAAUGCCUCCACACAAGACCAUUCGGCCAAGUUGAUCAUCUCUUCAACGGAAGGGGUCACGCGAACGAGCAGUCCGGUGAGCACACCAGAACCAAAGAGCGAGCCGGAACCAUCGAGUGAACCUGAACCGACGAGCGAGCCUCCUGCAAGCGAACCAGAGCCAGCGAGUGAACCGGAACCAGCCGUCGAGCCAGAGCCCAAGAGCAGCAACGCAGGACUAGCGGUAUCAAGCGAACCGGAACCUUCGAGUGAACCGGAGCCAACGAGCGAACCGGAACCGGUUCCCGAAACGGGCAGCGCCACAGAGAAAACCACCGAGUCUGGCAAACUACUGUCGUCAUCCGUUGGAACGUCCACCGAGCACGAGAUAAUUACGUCGACGACAAGCGAUCUGCAACGACCGUCCAGCACCAGCACGACGACGGAUGACUCGCAGCUUCCGGACUUUAUGUUUGUCGAUAAAGAAUCGAUGAUGAAGCACCCGAGCUCGACCGAGAACACCCCCAAGCUGGUGUCCGUGACAGAGCAGGCGACCAGCGAAAAACCCGCACCCGUAACAGAAAUGAUUGUCGACGACACGCCUGUGCCGAUGUCGUCGAACUUUUUCGUUACACCCAAACCCACGACGACCACGGAAGCGUCGAACGGAUUUGAGGGCCGUUCGUUGGCAUCGAAUCAACCAACCGCAAGCGAAAGCACCGUGUACGCUACGUCCAGUCCGAUUUCGCUAGAACAGUGGCGAUCAUCGACCAGCUUCUCUACGACCACGGAAGCCCUGGGCCACAAGCCAGACACGGGACCGCUUCUUUCGACCCUUGAAACAUCAAGCAAAGGUUCCUCGUACGCCGUAACGGAAACGGUACUGGAAGCCGAAACGGUGGCCCCCCUUUUGGUAACGCACAACGAGUCCCCGUUCCUGCCCGAGAUCGGAAACAAUACUAGCUUGGAGAACAUCCUGCACGAAGGCAUCGAUCGCCACGAGACGUACGAGAUCGAAUCGCAGCCACAGUUCCUGGAGGUGGUGCCACUGUCGAAGGAGAGCGAUCGCAACGACUACAAGAAGCAGUUGAAUUCGCGUGUGACGGAAACGAUCAUCAUCACCACGACCAUCCGCAGUCCGGUGCCGGUGACGGAGUCGUUGGAAGAGCUUUUGAAUGUGGCCAGCUCCAAGAAUAUUGUCGAGCAAACGACCAACAGCGGCGAAGACGUGGCGAUCACCAGCACCGAGCGCGAAGAGUACACCACAAUGAUGGACCAUGUCAACGGCACGAAGCCACUGGACACAGGAAUGUCUCAAGCAGCCACACCAGAACUCGGAGGUACUCCGACCGACGGUAAACCUAUGGGAAAGUUAAACUUUGAAGACAGUACAGAAAUGGUACAAAUGACAACCAGUGGGGAAGAACUAGGGUCGACCACGUUGCACGUGGAACCGGAACAAACGACCUUCGUUCAAAACUCGGAACCCGCCGUGAAGACACAAGGCUCCUCGGAAACAACCAGCGGUGCUAGUAGUACGACAAGCACAAGUACCGUAAUGGCUAGUAGCACCAGCACCAGCACUAGCACCAGUACGAGCACCAGCACAAGCACCACCAGUACUACCGAGACAUCACCUUCGAUGGCCCUACCAUCGACCGAAACACUUCCAAGGAUUACGGCCAUCGAGAAGGAUCUGAUCAACCUGAAGGAGAACGAUCUCGCGGAUGAUAACGAUAUCUCGGAAAACGAGCUACGGGUGGUUCCACUGGAACGUUUUAGUAAAGAUCCGGGUCCGCUAGUGACGGAACGAACUACUGCCGCCACCUCCAGCCAGCCAUCCAGCGAUAGCCCGAUGAUGGACGCGGCCAACCUAAUUCCCACCACGACGACCGGUCAUUUUUUAGACGAAACGACGUUUCAUUUGAUUAGAUCAGAGCGAUCAAAUGGAACGUCGUUAAUCGGAAGUAGCUUCCCUGACAAUGACCAGAUCACGACGACCACGGCCAGCAGCAGCACCACGUCGAGUACCGUGGAUGUGCAGGGCGAGCGAAUAGAGACACUUCUCGGCUCAGCGGCCAUGUUUACCAAGUGUGCUGUCGGCCAGUUCGAGUGCACGAACGGAACCUCCAUCAAGGACGGUAGCUCGUGUAUACAGAAAUCGGAGCGCUGCGACUCGGUGUCGCACUGUUCCGACAACUCGGACGAGCAGGACUGCGAGCGGCUCGGGUGCCCUGGCCAUUUCCAGUGUCUCGAUGGGGUCUGCCUUGCACGGCAGCACGUGUGCGACGGCAUAGCGCACUGUCACGAUGGUUCCGACGAGCAGGGCUGCAGCCAGUGGCAGUGUAACUUCGACGAGCUCUCGUGCAAUCCGGCCACCGGCAAUGGGCCAUGCUUGCCGGCCCUCUGGAAGUGUGACGGACUGGAGCAGUGUGCCAACGGGUUCGACGAGAGCAACUGUCCGGACACGUGCACGAACGAUGAGUACUUCUGCCCGAGUCAGCGCAAGUGCAUCCCCGAGGCGUGGCGUUGCGACGGCUCGGUGGACUGCACCGACGGCGAAGACGAACGGCUGUGUGACUGCCCGCAGGAUAGCUUCAAGUGCAACACCGGUGGUUGCGUGGCCGCUGCGUUUGUUUGCGACGGCCAUCCGCAGUGUCCGGAUCGAUCGGACGAGUGGAACUGUCACCAGUUGGAACCGGCGGAUGGAACAUUGCGCGUGAAGCGCAACUCUACGGAACUGCUGGCCGUGUGCGGUGAUGGAUGGAACGGGAAGCUGGCCGACUUGGUGUGCGCCGAGCUGGGUUUCGUGGGUGCGAGCAAAAUUACUUUCACCAGCGUCAGCAAUCGCUCCCAGGGAUACACCAUGUAUCGGGCGACGGAGAAGGAUCGGCUUGAGUUCGAAGCGAUCGAUUCGAUGAAGUGCAACAAAGGGCUUCAGCUGGAAUGCGAGGAGUUCCGAUGUGGUCGCGAAGGGGUGCACCCGUCACUCGCGCAACGGACGACCGGUGGCACCGUGGCAGAUCACAGCCAGUGGCCCAGUUUGUCGCUAGCGUUCAGCAACAAUGCAGCCAUCAAGUGUACGGCCAAUAUAGUUUCGCCACGUUGGGCACUCACCAGCUACACCUGCAUCAUGGGCAAAACGGAGUUUGUCAACAAUCGCAACGUAGGCGACAUGAAGUGGAGGCUGUUUGCCGGAAGAUCGCAGUUUAACUCAUCGCUUGGAGAGCUCUCGAUGGCGGCCACGCGAUCCACUGAUGCUCCGUACCAGAUUGUGGAUGUCAAACGGAUCGUACCGUACCCUCAGUCGAAAUACAAACAAUUCAUGUACACCGGUGAUGUGGUGCUGCUGGAGCUGGCCAGUCCCCUGCGGUUGAGCGAUAUCGUCGGAAGCGUUUGUCUGGCGAAAGCACCCAACAGCAUCGACCCGGAGCAACUGUGCGUCACCGCCGGUUGGGGUUCGGAUCUCGAGAAUACGGCCACGACGGAACAAUACCUCAAGUACCUGCCCGUUCCGACGGUGUCGACGGAGCGGUGCAACUCGUCGAUGCACUACAACGGUGCGCUGCCGGAGAGUACCAUCUGUGCCGGGUAUCUGAACAGCAACAAGACAACCUGCUACAACGACGAAGGUGCGCCGCUGAUGUGCUACAUCGACGGUACCGGCCAGUGGCAGCUGGAAGGUGUUCUCAGUUACCAUGGCAACUGUGGCAAGCGGCCACAUCCGGCCAUUUACAAUGCGAUUACCUCAAACAUUUCCACCUGGAUCCGUUACACGGUCGGCAAUGACCGCAUGUUCGAGCAAACGGUAGUAACGGCGGCGCCGCCCGUAACCGCCGCAUCAUCACUUCCAACCCCAACGGCAGCGCUUGCCGAAAGCAGAGCCGCCGUGGCAAACGUCUCGGUAGACCAGACGGACAAUAGCACGCCAGCGACGGCGACAACCACAGCCUCGGUAGUUGCACGGUAAAGCGGCACAAAACGGCCCACAAACCGUUAAUACCUAUCCAUCUCUGUAGUGCCACGUGUCCACGCGGACCUGUGGCACGUUUGUAAAUAGGGCAGGGGAACGAGAUAUAGGUGGGUGGUACACACAAGAAGGUGGAUUCCAGCCGACCGACCCAGGGUCAUCGGACCAACCGGUCGCAGUGGAUCUGGGGACCACUGAGUAGUGAGGUAGCCAGGGAUUGGCAAGGGUUGCGCAAUCGUAUGACAAAAAGGAAAUCACAAAUCAGAACAGAAACCGAAAAAAAAGUAGGCGAGAAGGAGCAGGAAAACCUAGUCACAAAAGUCGAAUACUUUGUGCCAACGAAACGAGAAACCGCGCUGCAUAAACCGAUGCGAACCCCGAUGGCGGCAGAAUGCCGGGGACGAACCGUAUAAUCCUAGCGACCCGGGGGUCCCUCCUGGGAGCCGCGAGAACGAACUGUGUACAGUGAGAGAAGAGUUGCUUCCACGGUGAACUCUGGUUGUGGCAGUUGGAAAUAAUGACAGAUUUUCUCGUCGUCCUAUCCGGUCCUAUAUUGGUGCGAUGGACGAAAGAGAAUAGUAAUCCCCCCCAUGCGUUAGAUUUAGCGACAAGUACUGAAAAAUCACUAUACACACAGUAAAGAAUGGGAAAAUGAUAAGACAAUACUACUUGCAAUCGACGAGAUAGAUAAAUGGCAUGGAAACUUUAGUCCAACCGGGGACCUGGAUGGAGGAGGUCCACCUUAGGCGCUUGGAGAGGAGGUUCUAGGCUUUGGAGGUUGUAGAAAAAUUGUUACCCGAUUGUGGGGGGCCACCGUGUCCGUGUGCGCUCCGGACAAUGCAACCGGAAUCGAUUUCCGCUGCAACAGAACCAAUAUUAACACCUAGUAGGUAACAACACCGAACUGAAAGUUCUCGCUUUCGAGUUGUGUGCUUUUACUCAUUUUACAUCCAUGUUACUUUUGUGUAGGCAAUAGGGGACUGCGCAGAUCAGGGUGGUGUUUAAGAUUGUCUUCGAUUUUUAAUGCUGCACUCGCUGAACGCAUCAUAGGCCACCACCACUUGAUCAGCAGCAGCUACAAUGCGGGAGCAGCGUGCAGAGUUUGUUUGUAUGUAAAGAA